AUGUCAGGGCUAAUUCCAAGUAUUCCUAAAAGUAAAGCUUAUUUCUGUAAUGUUGUUGAGCAUGUCAAGCAGGCUAUGCUGUUGGUGAUGCCAUUUGAAGAAGGUUCUCUUCCUGUUCGUUAUCUUGGUGUACCAUUAAUUACGACCCGUCUUCUUCACAAGGAUUGCAAUAUGCUUGUGGAAAGAUUGGAAAAUAGGAUAACGGAUUGGCGCAACAAGUCUUUAUCUUUUGCGGGUAGAGUCCAAUUGGUAAAUUCUGUCCUCUCUUCUUUUCAUAUCUACUGGGCUUUUGUUUUUAUUUUGCCAGUUAGUAUUAUUAAGGAUCUUGAAAAGCAAAUGCGGUCUUUUUUUAUGGUGUCAAGGGCCGAUGGUGAAAGGCUCAAAAAUAGAAGUUUUUGGGAUGUUAAGCGGCCUAAGAAUUGUAGUUGGGGAUGGCGUAAACUAUUGCAGCUUAGAGAUGUUGUUAGGCCUUUUUUAUGGAAGAAAAUUGGAGAUGGAAGAAACACGUCAUUAUGGUUUGAUAAAUGGGCUGAAGUAUGCCCAUUAAGUUCGCUUAUAUCUCCUAGACAAAUUGCUCAAGCCGGCCUCUCUUUAAACUCAAAUGUUGCUGACGUUGUUCAGAAUGGUGAGUGGAAAUGGCCAACUGCUUGGCUUGAUCUUUUUCCUGUUCUAAUUAACCUUCUAUCUAUUAAUCUACAUGCAAAUCAGAUUGAUACUAUGGUUUGGAAGGAAUUGGAUGGAAAAGAGAACGUGUUAACUAGAGUGGUUUGGAACUCGAUUAGGAUGAAGGGCAACGAGGUUAAUUGGGCAAAAGUUAUAUGGAAUUCGCAUAGUAUCCCUAGACAUGCGUUUCUGGUAUGGAUGCGGAUCAAAAUUAUGGCAAAAGUUCCUGAUAUGACUGAUUCAUGGACUGGUAUACUCCAAUGGCUUAUUGUGAAGUCUAAUUCAAGAUCAUCAAAGAAUGUAAUUGGAAGAUUAUUGGUGGCGGCCACAGCUUACUUCAUAUGGCAAGAAAGGAACAAUAGGUUAUUUUCUAACCAUGCUAGACCUCUGGACCAACUUUUUGACCUCAUUACAAACACUUCAAGCAUACUCGUGCAGUUGAUAGUUUGUUGGAAGAAUGGAAGGUACCACGCCUAUUAG